UCUUGACAUGAGUGUUCAGCGGAAGUGGAAAAAUACAGGCUGUCGGGUUGUUUUGUCUGUUUCUAAAUCGAACAACAAUCAUAAAAUAUAACAUCAUACGCCUAAGCAUGUGAAUAUGGCCUUUAUAUUUGUAACAAAGACUAUUUAGCAUAGCCCAUAUUUCCUGUUAUUUUAUUUAGUUUACAUUGUUAUUAUUAUUUUAGAAUUAUUCAGGUUUAGGAUGAGUCUGUCAGGUGAUUAUUCGGUGUCACCCGAUAUCAUCCUGAAUGCUUCGUGGUUAGUUUUCAGUGGGGACAAUACUGUUGUUGGAGACACAGUGUUCUUUUCGACGAUCACGUUUCUCAGAUUGUAUAUGUAGCCUAAGUCUACUGCUACGAGAGGGAUUGGAUCCCUGCCGACCAAUCGUCUCGGGUUUCCGUAUAGUGUUGUCCUUGAGUACGAAUACAUGUCCUGCGUCCUGCAGAUGUUUGCUUAUUUAUAUUAAUGACUGCCAGUGAACUGACCUAUCAGCUACGGCAAAAUUCUACCCAAGGCGUGUACUUCAUGAAUAUCUAAACAGUGAGCGCAAAAGGGGACAUUGGGUUCGGUUUACAUUUGUUUAAGCGAAACUAAUUAUAUGAAGAGGUCUCACGGCGACAGGACUAUCACAACAAACAAGCAACUUUAAGAGAACGUUUGUCUUUCAUAGCCUAUAUUUGCGCGGAAUCGGCCCUUUCAAUCAGUCAAUAAUGUCUGGAGACGAGACAAUUACAUUAACUCUUGCGCCGAACUCGGGACAAGCGAAGCCUUUCCCGUUUGUUUUGAAGAAAGUGAUGGACAUUCCUCCCCCCAAUAUUCUUGACGAGGGCGAUGAUGAGAUCAAGAAGGAGAAGCUAUGCCUGGUUGAGCACACAGAGUCGUCUGGAGGUGAUGCUGUCAGCAGUGGCGGCGGUGGCGGCGGUGGCGGCGCGGCGGCCGCUGCCGGAGGAGGGGCAGGGGGUGGUGUUUCGUCGGCCUCCCUGACGCCGGCCAUCUGGGAGAAGACUAUCCCGUACGACGGCGAGAACUUCCACCUGGAGUACAUGGACCUGGAUGAGUUCCUGCUGGAGAACGGCAUUCCCAUCUCCCUGGAGGAGGAGCUCCAGCGGAGCCUGGGACGGGAGCAGAGCGGCGGAGGAGGGAGUGGCAGCGGCAGCGGCAGCGUGAGCAAGGCCAAGGUGUCUUUGUCCUCCUCCACGACGGCCACGACCCUUAAAGCCCCAAAAGCUGCUCUUCCAGAACCAGCAGAACCAGCAGACCCACUACAGACCACAGUGGAGGAGGGGAAGAAUGAGGAGGCACAGCAGCAGGAGGAAGAGGAGGAAGAAGAUGAGGAGGAGGAGGAGGAGGAAGAAGAAGAAGAGGAGGACGAGGAGGAGGAUGAUGACACGGAAUCUGUGACAGACGCCACUGAAUUAAAAGCUGCACAAGGUAAGGCAGGCAAAUCUACUAAGAAAAGAGCCAGCCCGACCACCCCCGUUGACCCGGAGGAGAUUGAGGUGGACGUGAACUUCCAGCCGGACCCCACUGACCUGGUCCUGUCCAGCGUGCCCGGCGGGGAGCUCUUUAACCCUCGCAAGCAUCGCUUCUCCGAGGACGAGCUGAAGCCCCAGCCCAUGAUCAAGAAGGCCAAGAAGGUGUUCGUUCCUAACGAGAGAAAGGAUGAUAAGUACUGGUCCAGGAGGAAGAAGAACAACGUGGCGGCGAAGCGCUCCCGCGACGCCCGCCGACUGAAGGAGAACCAGAUCGCCGUGCGGGCGUCCUUCCUGGAGCGCGAGAACUCGGCGCUGCGUCAGGAAGUGGCCGAACUGCGCAAGGACUGGGGCCGGUGCAAGAGCGUCGUCGCCCGCUACGAGGCCAAAUACGGGCCGCUGUAAGGGGACAAAUUUCAAGGCCUCUUCUUGAUACCCAUCAGAAACGGCAGCAGCAACAUCAAUAAUAAUAAUAAAAUGAAAACCAAACAAAGAAAACACACACAAAUCCACCACCAGAAAAACAGUGUCCCUGCAGAAUGCUGUGACAAAACAACACCUAGGGGUUUUGAACGACGACACUGUCAAAGGCACUAGGAGGUGGCUAGGUGGGGGUCGGGCCUGGUUUUUCAGCACCGGUGGUGUUUCGAGGCGCCCACUGUCACACAAGUAAGAGGAAUAAAAACAACCAGCACCAACCGAGCUAAGAGAUGAGCCAAGCUGCAAGGGGACAUAAGGAAGGCACAUGAAUCCACUCCUUCUGUAUCAGCUAUCACGCUAAAAGCAAGCAAGAAAAUGGCCGACACAAUACAACAACAACAACAACAACAACAACAAGGGCUCAAUACAGUAACCAGUGAAAGCAUGAAGUCCAAGUAAACGGCUGAAUGAUGUGUUUCCCUCUUAGUUCUCACCAAACUCUACCAGUCCAAAUAACCCCACUGUCUCUCUCUCAUUUGUUUGAAGCACUGCGUUGGAGGCUCAGGACAAGGACAUGUGAAGCGAUGGUUUAUUGAUUUAUUGAUGAUUUAUCGAAUGAUUUAUUGAUUUAUUCAUGAUGGGAGAGGGUGAAACGGAUGAAUAAAUGAAUAAAUGAGAGAGUGGAGGGAGCAGGCGGGACGUCCUGGUGGGGAUCUCGGAACAAAACGGAGGGAAGAGAACCGAGUGUCUUUGAAAACGUGUGUGUUGCUCAGCACCUCAUUAGAUCUGUGUGAAGGUCUGUGGUCAUGGUGACCGUGGCCCUCAGAGUUCUUUCUUCCUAAUUCACCAGUAGGGUGUGUGUGUGUCUGUGUGUGUGUCUCUCCUUGAGAAGUUUUUGUACAGUCCUUCUCUUGUCCACACAAAGACUUUGUGUUUGCUCUUCUCCACUGUUUUGCACUCUCAAAUGUUUUUAUGCAUGAGUGUGUGUGCGUGACAGAGAGACUGUGUGUGUGUAUGUGUAUGUGUGUGUGUGCGUGCGUGCGUGCGUGCGUGCGUGCGUGCGUGCGUGCGUGUGUGUGCGUGUGCUUGAGUAAAGAGGGAUGACGAUGGAAAGAUGCAUAACUAAACUGAAGAAAAUGUUUUCCUCUGUGGUGUAAACAGUAAUACUCACUUGGGUCAUGCAAACACCCAUUUGUAAAAUAGAGUUUGGAAUAUGUAAACAGAGCUUUGUAUGGACUUGCACUCAGCACAUACCUGAGAUGGUCUCACUGACAGGCUGAGGUGGCCACAGGCUGUCUCUUCUGUUGGGAAGGGACAUUUAUGGAGGCAGAUUACAUUUAUCAAAAGGAAUGAAUGAGUGUCCUUGGUUUAGCAUAUUUGCUAAGUCACAAAGGGACCAGUUAUCUGUUGGUGUAAAUAAAAUGUAAAUAGGCUUGUUUUUUUGUUUUUUGUUGUUUCAGUGUGAUACCUGAGAAUUUGUUAUCUUACUAUGAUUAUUUUGAAGCAGUUGAUUAUUUAGUAAUUAUGUUUUUCUCUUCUGAUUGAUUGUGAUGUGCACAAAUAUUUCUACAACAACAAUAACUUCUUUGUGUUGUGACAGAAGUACACAAACAAAACAAACAGGAACUGUGCAGGGAUUCUAAAGAUGAGAUGUGUGAGGUGUUGAUGAUGAUGUUGGCCAAGAUGUUGUACCCACUUGAUUUGACUAUUAUGAUUUUUUUUUUACUCUUCCUACCAAUCCACCAUCGUGUUUACCUCAUACAAGUUGUUAUUAUUGGCUGUUCUGUUUUUCUUUUGGAGGAGUGGUUUGUCUGGGGUGGACAUAGUCGCAAUGAAGGCUGGGCCAGUUCUUUCUUUCUUUCCGAAGGCUGUGAUGGCCUGUGGCCAAGGACUGUGAAUGCAGACUAUCGCGUGGCCAAACCUAACCAACAUGAGACUCAGUCAUUUAACAGAUCUGGCAUUUCCACAGAGUAGUGUCAGAAUUAUAAAUGUUGUUUUAGCAUCUUUCUCUAAGGUAUUUGGCAUUUCCACAGUAGUAGUGUCAGAAUUAUAAAUGAGUUUUAACAUCUUUCUCUAAGGUAGAGAGGCGAUCUCCAUUGAUUUAUCUGCUAAAAUAGUAGAACGGAGAUAAAUUGAAGGGGGAUUAUUAGGCACCUAAAUUGAUUUGGGCUUCCAGCUGCUGCUUAAUAAAAAGUUGGAGUAACGACGGCAGGUGUGGAGCCCUCUGAAAAAUCACGGUUCCCUACGAAGAAGAGCUAGUUGUGGCUAACUAACGACGGGAAAUCACCAAUCCUUUGAAAUGGAAAUAUUGUAAUAUGGAAAUGACCAAAUGCGUCGUUUCAAAUGUCAAGAGUGCGUUGGAUCAUAGAGGCCUCGCCAGGCCAAUACACAUUGAUAAUCGGUGAUUGUGAUUCCUUUAAACUCCUCUAAUGUUGGCUUUGGGCUUAGAUGUGUAUAACCAGCAGGACGUACGGUAGUGACUGCAUUUGGCAUACAGUACAUUUUCUGUGCGUUAGUAAGGGAAGGGGUUUCCUUAGUUUCGUCUACUGAGCAGCUAAUUGUAUUCAAGGUAAUGCAAUGUUAAAAUGCACCGAAUGGAAUAGUUCGCAGCACUAAUUUCCUGCUUCCUGUACUUCCAGUACACGUUGAAAUGUUUUUUUUUUUACUAUUUUUGUAAAUCACUGCAUUGUUUUUCUACGGCAGUUAAAGUGGCAGGUGGUGGUGAGUCACAAAUCGUGCCCUAUUAAAAAAUAUUUCAUCACUGUGUAAUUUAUGUAUUUCAAUUAAAAUAUUGUGAUCCAGAGGUACAUUGACUUUGCCUUUUUCAUGCUGCAAAUAUUGGGAAAUAUUACAAUGGAUUUUUAGUUUGAUUGGUUUGGUUGCCAAUUCUUUAUCUUGAAAAAGAAAAGAACUGAUGAUAUUAAGGUACUGGUCAUCACCUGUUCAAUUUGUGAUUGACCACAGUUGCCUGGAAGUGUAGCAGCCUGUCACUUUAUUUAAAUCUGACUCACUUUUUGCAAAAAAAAAAAAAAAAAAACUUUUGAAGUGGACUGUUCUUGUCCAGUACAUUUGUGCAUUUUAAGCUUCUUUUGUCAUUUUUUAAGAGCGAUGUUCCUGUUUUUAUAUAAAGGCACCUUCCAUUUCCUUCUUUGUAUUCUCUCCCCAUCACCAUACGGGGUGUGUGUUCUAGCUGUAUGUCCUAACAGUGUCUUGUGUCAUGCAUAUUAAUAAAGACACAUUUGAUUAAA